CGCGACUCCAGCAGCCUGGCCGGCGUGUGUCUGUCUGUGCAUGUUUCUUUGGCAGCCCUUCGGUGCACUUUCUUUUGCAGCCUUUCGUACAGUGCCUGUCUUUCCGUGCAGUCCCCCUUCCUGCGUAGUCUAAUUUCCUUCCUCAAUCCCCGUGAUGCUCCGCGUGCUCGAGGCCAACGCGCCGCCCAAGCAGACGGCCACCGACACCAUCAGCACGCUCAGCAGCCGCCUGUCGUCGGCCACGCUGCUCGAAGACCGCCGCGCCGCCAUCCUCGGGCUGCGCAGCUUCGCCAAAGAAUACCCCGCGUCGGUCGCAUCGGGCGCCCUGCGCGGGCUCAUCGCGUCGCUCUCCAAGGAUGCCGACGACGUCGACACGCUCAAGGUGGUGCUGGAGACGCUGCUGGCGCUGUUCCGCCCCAACGACAGCAGCCCCGAGGCGUCGGACGAGAUUGCGCUGUGGGUCGCCGACGAGUUCACCAUGCGCCAGGAUAACAUGACGGUGCUGCUCGACCUGCUCGACGCCCCGGACCUGUACGCCCGCCUGUACCCGCUGCAGCUGCUGCGCGCCUGCGUCGCCGCCCGCCCCGACCGCGCCCGCGAGUGCAUCCAGACCGCGCCCAUGGGCACCAGCCGGCUGGCCGCCAUGCUCGACGAUCCGCGGGAUAUGGUGCGCAGCGAGGCGCUGGUGGUGCUGUCGGACCUCACCCGCGACUCGCCCGAGCUGCAGACCGUGUUCGUGUUCGAGGACGUGCUCGCGAAGGUGUUCCGCAUGGUGCACGGCGACGGCGGGCUGGCCCAGGGCGGCAUCGUCGUGCAGGACUGCCUCUCACUGCUGGCGAACCUGGUGCGCCACAGCCCGUCCAACCAGUCGUACUUCACCAAGAUGGCCUACCCGGCCGAGUUCGCGCGUCUGCUGCCUGCUGCCACACCCGCCUCGCCCGCCACCGACGACUGGGUCAGCCCGCAGCGCGACAAGAACGUCUGGGGGCUGCUGAUCGUCAUGCGCAUGUUCCUCGCCCCGGGCAGCGCCGCCACCCCGCAGAACCAGGCCGCCUUUGUGCAGUACGGGCUGGUGCGCCAGCUGCUGGCCAUUGCCUUUGACCCCGCCACCGCCAUGCUGAUCAAAGUCGAGGCCCUGAGCACCUGCGCCGACCUGAUACGGGGAAACCCGCGCAUGCAGGAGGGCUUCGCGCAGGAGCAGGUGCUGCCGUUCGGCGGGAGUGUAGAGACAUCCCGCGUCUACGUGAUCGAGGCCCUGCUGAACCUCGUCCUCACCCCCGCCGGCACCGACCUCUUCGACCUGCGCAGCGCCGGCGCCGACGUCAUCAAGGCCUACUUCCACCUCCACCCGCAGAUCCGCGGCCACUUCCUACACCGCGCCAUUGGCGGCCACGAGGCGGGCGACGAGACGCAGAACGCGCUGACCAUUCUGAUGGAGGGCUCGCGCGCCUCGCCCGACCCGUACCGCAUCUGGUUCGCCGCGACGCUGAUGUUCGACCUGAUCUUCGACAAUCUGCCCGCCAAGCACACGCUGAUGGCCGUGAAGGAGGGCGACGCCGAGAGCGGCGAGGAGGUCGUGACGUGCAUCCAGACCCUCACCGCGAACCUGAUCGCCAGUCUGCAGCUGGAGGAGGAUGAGCGGAUUGCCGUAGCCUAUCUUCUGCUCCUCCUCGGCUGGCUGUUCGACGACGCCGCCGCCAUCGACGACUUCCUCGGCGAGGCCAGCAGCCUGCAGAGCCUCGUGCAGGCCGUGCUGCGCCCGUCCUCGCACCCGCUGACCCGCGGCCUCGCCGCCGCGCUGCUCGGCACCAUCUACGAAUUCUCCACCCGCGACUCGCCCGUCCCCCGCCGCGAGCUGCAGAACACCCUCACCGCCAAGCUCGGCCGCGAGAAGUACCUCGCCGCCAUCACCGAGCUGCGCAACCACCCGCUGAUCCGCGACUUCGAGGUGCUCCCGCAGCGCGCCGGCGACGCCGCCCUGCCCGACGUCUUCUUCGUGCCCACGGCGGUGGAUUUCUUGAAGGACAACUUCUCCCGCCUCACGCGCGCCGUCGACCGCGACCCGACGCUCGAGAUCCUCGCGCCCGCCGCCGGCGUCGACCGCAACAUCGUGGAUGCGCUGCGCGCCGACAUCGACGCCAAGACAGACAGCAUCGCGGCGCUGGAAACCGAGCUCGCCGGCUUGCGCCAGGCGCUCGAGCACGCGCAGCUCGAGCAGCGCCGCGUGCAGCACGCCGCCGACGAGCAGCGCGCCACGCUGACCCGCGUGAAUGACAAGCUGCACGCGGAUCUCGAGCGCGAGGGCGCAGCAAAGGACCGCGAGCACGCCCGGGUGCUGAAGGACGCCGAGGCCAAGCACGCCGCACAGCUCACCGCGCUGAAUAGUAAGUUACAGCAGUCCGCCAAAGACUCCGCGCUCGCCGCGGCCCGCGCCAAACAAGACUCCGACGCCAAACUCACCGACGCCCUCCGCACCGCCGACGAAGCACGCCGCCGCCUCGAGGGCGCGGAGCGCGGCCGCGCCGACGCCGUAACCAAGAUCCAGCAGCUCGAGCUCGCGCUGCAGCAGGCGCGCGUCGAGACCGCGGCCGCGGCUGCUGGGGCCGCGAAGCGCGAGAAAGAGGUCCGGCGGCUGGAACAGCAGUCCGAGGCGCUGAUGGCGGCGAAUGAGGAGUUGGAGGCCGAGGCUGAACAGGCGCUGGAGCGGCUGAGGGGUGAGCACGACAAGGCGCUGGAGAGGCUGAGGGGCGAGCACGAGAGCGCGCUGGAGAAGCUGCGCGCGGAGCAGGCGGCGCGCGGGCUGGAGGUUGAUGCUGCGCAUGAGGCGGCGGUUGCGGAGGCGGCUGCGGGGCAUAAGGCGGAGCUCGAGAAGGCCAAAUCUGCGGCGGCGGCGCGGGAUGCUGAGCUCGAGAAACUCAAAAGUGCGGCUGCGAACCACGAGGCCGAGCUCGAGGAAGCCAAUACCGUGGCGGCGGCGCGGGACGUCGAGUUGAAGAAGAAAGAGGGGCAGCACGCCGCGGUCGUUGCGCGCCUUGAGAAGAGCAUCGCAGAUCUCAAAACGGCGCUUGAGGAGCACAAGAAGAGCCUCGAGGCCGCAGAGACGCGUGCUGCGGAGUCUGAGAAGCAGGCCGCGGAGUCCAAGACACAAGCCGCCGCAUCCCAAAAAGCGCUCGACACCCACGCCACAGCCGCCAAGACCCACGACACCACCCUCGCGUCCCUGAGGUCCGAGAUCGAGAGCCUCAAGGCCGCGGUCGCAGACGAGACGUCCACGGCCGCCGAGGCCGCGGCGAAGAUCGCGGCGCUGGAGAAGGCGGCGAAGGAGGCGAAGGAGGCGAAGGAGAAGGCGGUUAAGGAGCUCAAGGAGGCGAAGGAGAGGGAGGCCAAGGCCGUCAAGGAGGCGAAGGAGGCGAAGGAGGCGAAGGACAAGCAGGUCAAGGAGCUCAAAGACGCAAAGGAGACGGCGGCGAAGGCUGUCAAAGAGGCCAAGGACGCCGCCGCAAAAGCAGUCAAAGAGGCGAAAGACGCCGCUGCGAAGAACUCCGCCCCCGCCCCGACGAAGAAGGACGCCGCAAAGGCCGGCAAAGACGCCGAGAAGGCGAACAAGGCCGCCGAGGCCAAAGAGAAAGCCGACAGAGAAGAGCGCGAGGCGUUGGCCAAGGAGGUCGAGCGGGAGAGGGCGGCGCGGGAGGAGGCUGAGAGGGAGCGGGAGAGGGCGGAUAAGGAGCGAGAAGCGAAAGAGAAGGAGUGGGCGGAGAAGGAGAGGGCUCGGGAGGAGAAGGAGAAAGCCCGCGAAGAAAAGGAGGCCAAGGACAAGGCCGACCGAGAAAAGGCGGACAAGGAGCGAGAAGAGAAAGAGAAAGCCCGCGAGAACGCCGAUAAAGCCCGCGAAGAGAAGGAGAAAGCCAGACAGCAGACCGCAGACAAGGAGAAAGCGGAGCGUGAGAAACUGCAACAAGCGAUGGAGAAACAGGCCGCGCAGGAUAAAGCACAGCGCGAGGAACUCGCCGCCGAGAUGCAGAAACAAAAGCAGGAGAGGGAGAAAAUGGCCGCCGAGAUGCAGAGGCAGAAGGAGGAGAGGGAGAAAUUGGCACAGCAGAUGCAAAAAGAGAAAGAGGAGCGCGAGGCCCUCGCCGCCGAAAUCCAGAAAGAGCGCGAGCAACGGCAGAAAGAGAAGGAAGAGAGGGAGAAGACAGCCAAGCAGCUGCAAGACCUGCAAACCAAGCUCGCGAAGGCAGAGCAGUCGGAGCAGGAGAAAACCGCGGAAGUCGAGGAUCUGCUGGUUAUGUUGGGGGAGCUUGAGGAGAGGAGGGGGGGGGAUAAGAAACGGCUUAAGGAGUUGGGGGAGGAGGUCAGCGACGACGACGACGAGGACGACGACGACGACGACGAUGAAGACGAUGAUGAAGACGAUGUCGAGUAAGCAGUG